CCCCCUCCUCCUUUUCUCUGCAGCAGGAGGAACAAUAACCUGGCGGGCGGCGGAGGAGUCACUGCAGCCUGUCGGUGCUCCUCUCCGGUUCUUUGUGCAGCAGCUGCGGGAGGAGGCCCGCAGGGAGCCGGGCUGAGGCGUCAUGUCCUCCCCGCAGGUCUCCUCGUCCCGCAGACAGUCCUGUUACCUGUGCGACCUGCCCCGCAUGCCGUGGGCCAUGAUCUGGGAUUUCACCGAGCCCGUGUGCCGCGGCUGCGUCAACUACGAGGGCGCGGACCGGAUAGAGUUCGUGAUCGAGACGGCCCGCCACCUGAAGCGGGCUCACGGCUUCCAGGAGGGCCGGUCCCCCGCCAGCGGACCGCCGCCCCCGCCGCAGCAGCAGCCCAGCGGGGCGAAGAGCCAGGCGAGCUUACUGAGCGGGAAGGAGCCGCUGAACCACCACCACCACCAGCCGGACGGACUGGGGAAGUCCCAGCAGCCCGGGAUGGACCGGUAUUCGGCUCGGUUCGACUACAGCAGCCGGCUGCCCAACGGGAUCAACGGCUUUAAACCGGACGACGGACCACCCGAACUGAACCGGCAGAGCCCGAACUCCCGGAGCCGGAGCCACGGCGGGCUGGUGUCGGCACCGGGACAGAUGACCGUCCCGCCGAACCUGCUGCCUCAAACUCUCCCGCAUGGCUUGGCGGGCAGAACCGCCCCGCAGAGCGCCCUGCCCGGCCAGGGGGGGCUGACGGAGCACGGGGGGAAGCGGCCCGCCUCGGUGUCCAGCACGGACCAGGAGCGGGAGCUGAAGGAGAAGCAGCGGAACGUGGAGGUUCUGGCCGAGCUCAGCGACAGCCUCCGGAACCGACAGGAGGACUGGACCGGCAAGCCGAAGCCGGUGCGGGACACGCUGCUCGCCCUGUCCGCCUGCACGCCCUUCGACGUCCGCUUCAAGAAGGACCACGGGCUGGUGGGCCGCGUGUUCGCCUUCGACGCCGUGUCCAAACCGGGUCUGGAGCACGAGCUGAAGAUCUUCAUUGAGUACCCGAGCGGCUCCGGGACCGUGUUCUCCAGCGCCUCCGGGGUGGCCAAGCAGAUGUACCAGGACUGCAUGAAGGACUUCGGCCGGGCUCUGUCCUCCGGGUUCAAGUACCUGGAGUACGAGAGGAAGCACGGCUCCGGGGACUGGCGGCUGCUGGGGGACCUGCUGCCGGAGCCGCUGCGCUUCUUUAAGGAGGGGCUGGGGGGCGACCUGCUGCCGCAGCCACACACCGACAGCAGCUGCCCGCUGCUGCCCCCCGCCUUGCUGCUGCCCGGCCGGGCUCUGGCCUCCGGCAGCGGGGGCGGCGGCUCCAGGGCCGGCGUGAGGAAGAGGAAAGCCUCCCCGGAGCCGGACUGUGAGGGCGGGCUGAAGCUGGAGGAGCAGAGGCAGCAGUGGAUCAGCAGCCAGACCGAGGCCCUGAAGCUGUCCAUGGCUGCGGGCUCUUUCACCGGGCCGCCGCCGCCGCUCGGCCUCGGACAGCCCGGCCUGCCCCCCGGCCGCGCCACGCCCCCGGAGCCCGCCGCCCCGCCGCACAACGGACAGUCCCCCAUGGCCGCGCUCAUGUCGGUCGCGGACACGCUCGGGAACGCGCACUCCCCCAACAAGGACCGGGACUCGGUGCACUCCACCACCUCCUCCUCCAGACACACAACCAGCAGCCCGGUGUCCCCCGCCUCCGUGUCCGGCCAGAGGCGCCUCUCGUCCCGCAACGGAGACCUCGGGAUGUCCUCGGCGCCGCAGUCCGCGGGCGGCAUGGACCAGGUGCACGCGCAGAGCGUGCCCGACUCCCCCAUGGCAAACAGCGGACCCCUGUGCUGCACCAUCUGCCACGAGCGGCUGGAGGACACGCACUUCGUGCAGUGUCCCUCCAUCCCCAACCACAAGUUCUGCUUCCCCUGCUCCAGAGAGAGCAUCAAGGCCCAGGGCGCCUCCGGGGAGGUGUACUGUCCCAGUGGGGACAAGUGUCCCCUGGUCGGCUCCAACGUGCCCUGGGCCUUCAUGCAGGGGGAGAUAGCCACCAUCCUGGCUGGAGACGUGAAGGUAAAGAAGGAGAGAGACCCCUGAGGAGGAGGAGGAGGAGGAGGAGGAGAAACAGUCUGUCAGCGGAGAUAAUCUUAAUAUCUGAUGCUGAUGGAGAAUUAUGAUCAAUAAUGAUCCAGUAAUCAAAGGUUGAAGCAGAAAUAUGAAUGAGGUCAGAACGUAAACUGAUAUAUUCCACCAUCAUUUAGUUUAAAUGAGUCAUUCCUAGUUUCUGUAACUUUAUUAUUACUGAUGGAUAUUUGAUAUUAAUAAUUCAUCUAUCUGAUGAUGAUGAGCUGAUGAGUCCAGACUAAAAACAGUUUAAUAUUUUCUGACAUCAGGACAAGAGAUCGGAUUUAUUAAAUAACAUUUCAAAUAAUCAUUAUUUUUCUUAUCAAUUAUCAUUUUGUCAAUAAUAUGUCAGAAAAUAUUAAAACUGUGUAAAUAUUGUGUAAAUUCACACAGUCCAACAAUCAAAAUAAUUCUCUUAAUUAUCACAUCUGACAAUGCAUCAAUUUCUCACAUUAGAAAGCAUGAAAACAACAAAUAUUUCUUAUUUUUAAAGCUAAAAAAUGACUAAAAUGAUUAUUUGAUGAUUAAAAUAUUUUCCUGUCCUUCAUGAGUUUAUAUGUUUCAUAAAUCAGAAGUUCUUCCGAGCAGGAACGUGUUUGUUAUUAAAGAUUAUGUUUACAGACAGGAUGUUUAUUAAACAUUCAAAAUAAAAGCCUGAGGACAUUUCUGAUAUUAAACGUGUUUCUGUCUGAAGAGACGCUGAACGUAAAAGAGUUUAGUUUAGUUUAUUAAAUUAAAGAAUUGUUAGAAGAAUGAAACUAAUACAUAUGUUCAUCUUUAAUAAACAGAGUGAGGAAUUAUAGAAACCGUGUUUAAUAUGAAGCCGUCAGCUUCAUGUCUCCAUUAGACAGUUGAGACUCACGUCCAAUAGAAACAAGCACAAAUUCUCCAUGAUCCAAAGCUGAGUACUCUGUCUGUCCUCAGUGUCCUUUAUAGAGACAUCAGCUCAGAAACAGUUUCUGCCGCCGUGCUGCUGGACACACGUCUGUCCUGCAGCCCGUUGGUUUAAACCUCAGCUCUGACUGAACUGUCCUCAGAUCGUCCUCACACUUGAAUAACAUCAGACAUUAUUCAGAAGAUGAUUGAGAUUAAUUAAUAGGUGGAAUAUGAGCAUGUAAACACUCUGACAGAGACACUUUACUGUCUGAUCCAGUGUGAGAUACAGUGGACUCAGAAACUCAGACAUCACAAACAUGAUCGAUAAGGUUUCAAAAAUAAUACGACCGAAAAUAAUUCAUUGUUUUGAUCAGAUUCAUUGGAAUCAUUCAAGUUGUAAACGUGAGAAUAGUAAUUUAAAGGGAACCAAUAAUCCAUGUUUACAGACAUCAGCAGACUGUGUGUCUGAUUAAUAACUAUCAUUAAUUACCGUUUCUUCAGUUAUUAGAGAAAUGAUCCACAUUCUGAUAUCCUGCUGACAGAUUUUAUUUCCACAUAAAAGCAGGAUUAUUAGACUCAUUAAUAAUCAGCAGGUAAUUUAUUAGAGCGAUAAACUUUCUGUUUGAAAUCUGAACAGACAUCAGGAAUAUGAUUGAAUGUCAUUUAAAACAGUCCAAACUUGAAAUGUAUGUUGUUUAUAUUUUCUGAUUAUACAGGUGCAUCUCAAUAAAUUAGAAUAUCUAAAAAAGUUUUUUUAUGUCAGUUAUUAAAUUUCAAUUCAAAAAGGUGAAAUAACACAUUAUAUAUAUAUAUAUAUAUAUAUUACACACAGAAUAAAACAUUUCAUGUCUUCAUUGAUUUAAUUUUAAUUUCUUCUAAUUAUAAUGAUUAUGGCUAACAUUUAAUGAAGAUCUAAAAUUCAGUAUCGCAAAAAAAUUUAAUAUUACAAAAGACCAAUUUUAAAAAGUCUGUUUAAAAUGGAAAUGUUGGCCUCUGAAAAGUAUGUCCAUCUAUAUGA